GUCCAGUCGGGCUACAGGCAGUGCGAGACAGCAGACUAUUCCGAGCCUUCCCACGAGUGCGAGUGGGAGAACGCCGUUCUGUGUACAGAAUGUCGGGCUAUAAGAGCUGCGGCGCAAGACAACGCACAUCACUCCUCUGUGAGCCCUUCCAGAGUGGUCUGAAACGCCAAAGAGCUGGUCAGAAAGAACCUCUGGAAGCCCCGAGCGUCUCCGCCAUCAACAUGAAAUCGUGCGUCGUAGUUCUGUGUGUGCUGCUCGCCCUGGAGCCUGCUCGGGGUGAUUCUGCUUUUGAAAAGGAGUUGAAGAUCAACAAACAAUGUGCCGCUGAGAACAAUGUUAAAUUAGACGAUAUCAAGCCCUUGUUUGACGAGAAGGACCUUUCCAAGGACGCCAAAUGCUUCUUGAAGUGCACCAUGGUGGCCCUCGCGGCGCUCACGGAAGACGGCACAAUCGUUCUUUCCGAACACUUGAAGGAAAUCGGCCUCGAAGAGUUUCUGCCCAUUGCCGAUGCGUGCAAGGACAUGGAACAAAAUGACGACCGGUGUGAGAUGGCGUACCAGCACAUCGUCUGCAUGCUCAAACAAGACUCUGAAGGAAAGUUGAAGAACCAAAUGUUGGGAGUUUUGGAGAAGAUGUAGACACCUGACGUCGAAGCCCGCCGUUUUUGGAAGAGUGUCCUUCGAUAAAUCCUGCCCUGUCUGCAGUCUCACCAACUCUUUUCCAUACACGACAGCAUUUUCAAACUCUUUUCACGUCCGGCGAUGAAAACGCUUAAUGGGUCUUUAUCAUGAGACGAACAUAAUUUUAUGUUCUCAACAUGUUCGCACCUCUUACAAAUGAUAAAUUAUGAAGACUGGUGCUUGCACCUUUGACAUCUUGAACCGCACAAUGAUCUCGAAGCGACGAAAAAUCACGUCAAAAAUGUCUUCUUUUUUCGUCGUUCCGGAUGGUUGUCCUGAGAGACGUUGCUCCAAUGAAAAAUGUCACAAGAACACUUAACCUAACACCUAACAAUAAAACAGGGGUUUCAAAUACAUAUUUCAAGGCUGGAA